AUGCCGGGUUACGAAGAGCGUGCGAGCAUCCUGCAGGAUCUCGGAGACACGAUAUUCAAACUCGUGUGCGAUAGGGCCACACCCGAGCAGUGGGCCGAGUGGCUGAGGGCUCCGCUAGAGCAUGCGGCAGGCACGGGUAACCGUGACCUGGUAGAUAAGCUGCUGGGAGCCGGGGCCAACGUCGGUGCCGGCUGGCGGGGUUGUCAUGGCAAGACGCUGCUGCAUGCGGCUGCUGAGGGCGGCAACGUACAUGUCAUCACAAGCUUGCGCAGGGCAGGGGCGGGGAGAGACAUGAAAGCGAAAUCCCUCGACACCGGGCAUACACCCCUGGAUCUGGCGGUUAUUGGCGGGAAGGAGGCUGCUGCAAAAGCCCUGAUCAUGGCGGGGGCGGAUGUGAACACCCUGGACGCCACGAAUGAUGGCCUGCUGCACCUCGCGAUCAAAGGGGGUCAUCUGGGAAUUGCGGAGGACCUGCUGCUGAGCGGGGCGAAUCCUAUUCAGGCAGGAUCAAACGGCAACUUACCGAUCCACCUCGCUGCUUGGCACGGUCUAGAUGAGGUGGUGUUAGCAUUAGGCGAGAAGGGAGUCGACCUGAAUUGCCUCAACAGCAAAGGAGAGACUCCGCUACGCCUGGCGGUGAGAGGGGACCACGUCACCACCGUGAAAGUGCUCUUGUCUGAAGGUGCCGAUCCCCACUUCCGAGCAGCGAACCGGCCUCUAAAAUUGCUGCACGUAGCAGCGAAGCGAAACAGAGCGGCGGCCAUCCCAGCGCUAUUCGAAGCCGGAGUCAAUAUCGAAGGUCGGACGUCGAGUGGACGGACCCCGCUCCGGUACGCAGCAAUUUACGACUCGUAUGCAGCCAUGCUGGCUCUCUUGCAACUGGGAGCCAAGGUCAACUCGAACGACAGUAAUGGAUUAACCCCGUUGUACGACGCGUGUUUGUUCGGCACUUACGACGCGGCGGAUCUGUUGUUGAGAUGGGGUGCGGACGAGACAGCCGUGGACUCACAGGGAGAGACCGUCGUCUCCAGGGUGAUGCAAGGCAUGGCUGAGUCUAGCGAAGCACGUCGCCCUUUCUUUGAGCGUAUUUCCAAGCUACUGGCACGUGCUCCGCAGGACAGGGCUUGGCGUCGCCGGGGCUUCCUGGUCCUUUGCCGUGCCCACCCAGACAGGGUACGGCUGGCAGUGAAGAUCCCUGCAGCAGCAGCUGAGGCUACCGAGGGGCUGCAGGAACGUCCGAGGCGCCGUGCUAGGACGAGACAGGUGAAGGUCGAGGUGGAGGUGGAUGGGACAAACGGAGGCGGUGGUGGAGCAGGCGCGAGGAGUGGUGCGCGCGCCCGAAUUGAAGCUGCUCGGGAAGGCACCGUCUGUGGGUUCGAUGGUUUCUCGGCCUGGAUGAUGGCGCUGACAGAGGAGAACCUGUUCCGCAAGAUCGUGGGCUUCUUGUAG